ACAGUUACAUAGAUAGAUCAUAGGUUAGGUACUGGGUAGUUAACAAGGAACAAGUUCAAGUCAGCCCAGUUCUGUGUCCACUGUCCCCAGACUAGGCCGUCCAAUGCAACUCUGCCCGCCGGUCCCUUAUCGCACUUCCGAUUCAAAGUUCCGUCCGUUUCCUCCUGUGCUGCGGCCUGCCUGCCCCGGCCUUGCUUGUCCUCAUCAACUCCCGUCGAACGAGACGAGACUUCUGCAGCGCACGAACAAACCCCGUCGACUCUUCCUAUUUUCUCCUGACCUUGCCCUCUCUUACUCUUACUCCUUACUCUUACUCCUUACUCUCACUCCCUCCGUCUCAGCCCUCUCCUCCUCAAAUUUCUCCAUACUCCGUUCUUCCUAUUUCUUCCCGCCGACUGUUCACUCCGAGUCCGCUUACUAUUCAAUCCUUCUCUCUUUCCUCUACUCCAUACCCGACCCGGAGCCAUCUACCAAACAACUCUCCCCGGUGUACACUCUCAUACACAUACACACUUCACUUACUCCGUACUCUCCCUCCCUCCCUCUCUCUCUCUCUCUCUCUCUCUCUCUCUCUCACUGCUCACACGCUCACUCUUGCGUUGUGUGCUUCCGCCCGUACCUUUCCCAACUGGGGUCUCGGCGUCCUUUGCACAGACCGACCUUCUUCCUGGUUUUACCCACAUCCUCCUCCACCACAACCACUCCACCACAACCAACUCCACCACAACCAUACCUCUUCCUCCCGGCCAAUUGUCGAAUCACCCCCGCUGAUCUCAUGUGAACACGAUUGCAGUAUUCCGCUCCAUACUCCGUACCUCACGGGCUACACACGAGGCUUGCAUUUCUCCAACUCCCUCCAACAACCGCCUAUUCCCGCGGCUGUCAGAUCGCCCCCCUAAAUAGUCGCCUAUUCACGGCUGUCAAAUCCGGCAAUCCCACUCGCACUCCUGGGCUGGUAA